CCCCUCACUGUCAACAGAAAGACUUGACAGGAAGAAUUUUAGACGCAAAACAAACUGUGCAGCUUUUAAUGUCUGCUCAUUGCGUGGUGAAGGGGAGGGGGCGAGGGUCUCCUCCGUUCACCGACCCAGCAGCACAAUCUUCAACAGUUUAGCGUUAGCGCACUUUGACUUCGCAUGCUGCGGACCCAACAUGCAGACACUCUCCGAACAACAAAGGUUUCGGGUUGCUUCGCUGAACACGAACAUUUCCUAAAGAUGCGUGUCUCUCUGAGGCUGUGAAGAAAGCAGAACGCAGAAGAAAACAGAAGAAGACUUGUCUUACUGUUGUUAACCCCUGCUGGAGCUCUGCAAACAUGCCUGAGGUUCGGGAUCUUUCUGAGGCUUUGCCAGAGAUGUCCAUGGAUCCAAUCACUGGAGUUGGAGUGGUUGCCUCUAGGAACAGGGCGCCCACUGGAUAUGAUGUGAUAUCUACAACAACAGAUGGUCUGGAUGCUGACCUGUGGAAAGAUGGCCUUUUCAAAUCCAAGGUGACUCGUUACCUUUGCUUCACCAGAGUUUUCUCAAAAGAAAAUAGCCAUUUAGGCAACGUCCUUGUGGACAUGAAGCUGAUUGACAUAAAGGACACUUUGCCAGUGGGUUUCAUCCCGAUCCAGGAGACUGUUGACACUCAGGAGCAGGCCUUCAGGAAGAGGCGACUCUGCAUCAAGUUUAUUCCAAGGGACUCUACAGAGGCAGCUAUCUGUGACAUCCGCAUCCUGGGACGCUCCAAGCAGGCGCCUCCUCAGUAUACCUUUAUAGGUGAGCUAAACAACAUGGGAAUCUGGUACCGCAUGGGGAAUGUGCCUCGUGCACAGGACUCAACGCACACACCGACCACCAACAACAUCCAAAAUGUGAAUUCUUCCACAGUCCCAGCUCCGAUCCCAGCAGCUCCAAUGCCCAAGCAUAUUUCCAUGACCCUGCCUGCCAGCUUCAGAGGGAAGAACACCACCAGACCAGACUAUGAGCACCAGAACUCCAACCUUUAUGCCAUCUCAGCAAUGGACGGGGUGCCUUUCAUGAUCUCUGAGAAGUUUGCCUGCGCCUCUUCAGAUCUGCUGCAGGUUGACCUUAUGGGCAUUACAAUCAAAUCACUGGCUGACAUUGAGAAAGAGUAUGAUUACAGUUUCCGCACUGAGCACAGUGCAGCAGCUCGCCUCCCUCCAAGUCCAACACGGACCCCCCUGGGCUCCGAGGCUUGAGCUUUUACUCUUUAAACAACUCGAUGGACAUCAGCAGGACAAACCUGUACACAACUACUGAGAACCUGUUACAAACAGCAACAACGUCUUUAAGGCAGCAUCCUGAGAAGGAGUAAAAACUGGAGUAGUGCACCUGCUAACUUCUUGGAGAUGCUGUCAUUUGUACUGUGUAAAUGAGAACAUUGGAACUCAGUGGAUCAGCUGCAACCACUGCAAACAACACUGAGGAGUUGGAACUGCCCGUUAUAGGUGAAGGGAUAUUUUUUUAUUUUCAGUCGAGCUAAUUUUUCUUUUUUUCAAAGCAUCCUUACAUGUUGCUUCUUUGUGAUACAGACAACCACUCUCCAUUUAAAGAGCUUGAUACAAAUAGGACAGAGCGUACCAGGGUCAAAGUGAUGGAGGCCAUCUAAUCAACUUUUGCUCUUUGAGAUGAACUCAUCUGAACGCUCUGUCAUGUUUGUGUUCUUUAUGACACACCUGAAUCAAAGUGCAUGAGGGCAGGUCAUGUUAAAAAUACAUAGAGAAACUUUGGGGUUCUGGAUUUUGUUAAUUAAGCUUGUUCUGGUCUUUGUGAUGGGCAGAGAAUCUCUUGAUGUUACUUAAUAUUCUGGUUUAACUUUAAGUGCACUUUGUACUCGGGACUGUCGAUGUGCUUUCUUUUUGCCUUUGAUAUUUUAAUAACCACUCCUUCAUAUUUUUGUACGAGCCAUCGCCUUGGAGAACAUAUGGAGCCAAUGUUACAUUCACUAGCCUGGAAUAAGGCUUUCAAUACAGACCCGCACAAUCCACUAAUGUAUAAACAGUACCAACUCCAGCUGAUAAAAAUUGGGCCGGGCAUUAAAAAGGCAUUUUUUGACAUUUUGAAGAAGAGGUCUGUGGAAUGGUUACAAUUAAUUAAUAUCUUACCUGUUACAGAUAGCUCUUAGAGUGGCCUCCUUUUUGGACCUGGCAGACAGAAAAACAACCUGAGACAAAGACUGAAGUGGAUUACUGUAGUUUUAUUUAAUCUCAAGUCUCCAAAAUGUCACGAAGGUUCAUUUGAGCCUAAUUUUUACAUCACUGCCAGUUUCGCUGUGGACAGUUAUUUACAUGGAUUUUGAUGGUUGUUUUCUCAAAAAGCUGCAGCAGCAGCAAGUUGUAGCAGUCAAGGAACAGCCUGGGGUCACUUAUGGCAAGAAUUUAAUCUUUCUCCCCCAAAUAACAAUAUAAUGCUGAACUGAGGGAGCUGUAAAAGUUUAAAAAUAGUGUUUGUAUAAAUCACCACUAAGUUUUAAAGAUGGUAAAAUUCACUUCAAAAGUGGAUCUGCUUGAGUCUUAGUGAUGCACUAACUAACUGAUGUUGGAUGAUUGAAGCGGCUCAACCUCCAGUGAUUUUAGUAAAAACAUAAAUAAAUCAAACAUUUUUGAAGUCUCAUCAGUGUUAAUGCAAACACUAUGUUUAACUCUGGACACUGCAGUCAGUUUUACAUUACACAGUUAUUUAGGCAGAAAUAAGAUGAAGUGCUACAGCCAUCUGCUGGUGCUCUCUGCACUUAACUAUAGAUCUCCAUGUAAAAACUAAUGAAAAACAUGGUGGUGUAAGCCUCCCUGUGAGGAACAUUUGCAUGAACCGCUAUAAAACUUUGGAAAUUAGAGUUAUUUCAGCAACAAUCCACUUUAGUCUAAAUUAAACUUCUCUAAACUGAGUUUGUUCAAAGAACGAUUCUCAACAGGUAAGAUAUUAAUGUUUAAGACCUUUCCACAGAACCUCACUUCAAAACGUUUGAAAUAUCUCUUUACUGACACCAAAACCAUUGUUACUUUCAUUACCUCACUUUAGCAAACCUUGUGGAGCUUUAGCCCUCCUCAGACCCACUGAUGUCUGAGGUUCUGAUGAUGAAACUUUAGAUGUUUUAACUUACUUUCUGAAGCUUUAGAGCUCAUGUAUUUAUUACGUUUCUCAUAGCUGUUGUCUAUUAUUUGAUUUGAAAGGUCACACACCUCCUGCUUGGCUUAUUUUAACUCCAGUCUGCUUUGCACAUCCGAGACAAACGUCUAAUUUAACUUAUGAAUACCUCUACUAACGCAGUUUGUUAAAAGCCUGGGGAUUUAUCAGUUUUGAAACUGGUCUUGUUUUCACAGCUCCUAACAAACCAAAACCACUACCGAUAAACCAGAUUACCAGCUUUAUUUACCCUGUCACCCUACAUGUUUGGUUUUGCUUCUGUUUUAGAGCCCGCCUUCAUUAAACCUGAGUGUGAUAGUGGCCUGAAACAUGUUGCCUAAAUGUUGCAUGUGUGUCCUAAUGUAGUUGAUUGUGUGUGGGAGCAACAUGAACGCUGUUUUUACUUGCGUUUUAUUUUCUGAUGCAGGUUUUAUACACUCUAACUGUUUGUGUUUACGUGUUUGAAUUGUCUCAGUGUGCAUGGCUUACGUUCAUCACUGCAGGCAGAUUCAUGUCAUCUCUGCUGUCCUGCAACAAAGUGCUUUUCAUCAUUCUUUUUUUGUCAUAUUCUGUUGGUGAAACCCAGUAUUUCUUGUUUAUUUUAGGAAUAUAUAUAUUUUUAUACACCCUUAGACCAGUCUGAAGGUCUUGACAUUAUAACUCUGUCAUCAGAGUUGUCCAGCAGUUUGAACCUGGUGUUUGUGAACUUUACUGGUUUUAAGAGGGAGCAGACUCAACUUUAGGGAAGUGUAAUAUCCUUUGCAUCACUUAUUUCAUUAGAUGAGCAGUUCUGACUGAAAACUAUAAUCUGAAUUCUGACUGACAGAUUAACACACCGAUCAGCUGUAUUGUGAUCAGUGUGUGUUGUGUUUCAAAUGCCUUUUUCUUUCUGCUAAAGCAAAGACUGACAAAUCUGACUUUUUGUUGCUUUUAUCGCUCCCUUUAUUUUACAUUUGUUAACAAUGUAUUGUGCAGUAUUUUCACAUCAAUAUUUGAAUUAACAUUUUUUUGUUUUGUGUUUAAUUUAUUAGUUUCAGUAUUUUGACCAUGUUUUGUUUUAUUUUUUGCACUGCUGUUACGAUUCAGAUCAGAGUGAGUGUAAGUGUUUGUUCUCUCUUAAGCUACAUGUAACCUUCUUUAGCUGAUCUGUUCACUUUCAGACAUUUAAUUCAGACUAACAACAAAUCAUCUUGUUUUAAAGUGUCUUGUUAGUUUAUUUGCAUGGUGACAUGAUAGAGACUGAGGAUUUCAGACAUUAUUUUUGUAGGUUAAUGAACAAAAGUCACUAAUUUUUUUUCAGAACCAGAUUUUAUUCUCCAAGUAUCAAAAAAAAAUCAGCAUUAGUGGAAUUUGUAUCAUAAGGAAGUUUUAAUAAACUGUGAUGAACUGA